AUGAAUGCGUUCAGACCUGUUGUGGACAUCUCUUCACGUCCAGAAAACAGCACAUUACCCAUUGGUGCCUCCAUUACCCUGAAUUGUACAGCGCAGCCCAGAGCGAUAGAUAUUGGAUAUAUGGAUAGAUGGGUCGAGUAUAUCGAGUGGUACGAUCUACAGGGUAACAAAGUUGUAGCUAAGUGCGAACAGCCUUUAAAAGGAGAAAAAAUAAAACAUUUAAGCUGCCCAUUAGUGCUUAAAAAUCUGACUGUUGACAAAUUUGGCCGCUACACCUGCCAAGCCGGCAAUGGUUACAUAAAGCACUGCACAAGGAAAUCAUUUGAAGUAGUGAUUCAAGGUCUUGCGCCAGAGUUAGUAGAAGUUCCUCGGAACCAAAGCAUUGAUAUAGGGGCCAAUGUAACUUUCAACUGCACCGCCACAGGUCUUCUUAAGCCAAGCAUCUCAUGGAUCAAAAACAGUGAUUCAUCUGCCUUACAAACCAACUCAAGGGUGACAUUCAGUUCAAGUUAUAACAAUUCAAGUUCAUCAAAAAACCACAAAACCAUGCAAAGCCAGCUGUUUAUUACAGGAGCGAAGAAAGAAGAUUUUGGCAAAUAUCAAUGUGAGGCCAAAAACAGUGCUGGUAAAAAUUUGUCGCUGCCAGCUUUCUUAACCUUGAAAGAUUCAGAUGACCAGAAACCUGAGAUCGUUGAGGGUCCAAAGAACCAAAGUGUCCUGAUCGGUUCCAAUGCUACCUUAAGCUGCACUGUUAGGGGUCUCCCAAGGCCAACAAUCCGCUGGAUAAAGGACAAUUCUUCAUACCCUUUACAGUCUAAUCUCAGAGCACGUGUCAUUCCAGACGGGCCAACUAAUCGCAGCCAGCUUUUUAUAACGAGAGUACAGAUGGAAGACUAUGGAAAAUAUCAAUGCAUUGCAAAUAAUAGCAUUGGAAGAAGCCGAUCAGGAGUAGCUGUCUUGAACAAAGCAACUCCUACUCUCACCCACGUGAAAAGAGAGCCAGAAAAUUCAGCAUCUCAGACAACUAUAGUCGCUGUAUCAUGCACUUUGGCAGCUGUAGUUAUUUGUGUAGUCACUGGGUUUGUGUGGAAUCGGCGUAGAAAUCGUGAUAAGGAGGGACCAAAACGUGCAAUAAAGGUGUAUCUGGAAAAAGGCCAACAGUUGAAAAAUGGGAUACAGGACCUUGAAAACAAUCGGUCGCCCAAUAGCCAAACCAUCGAAACCCCCGAGGAAAGGCUCCCGUUAGUGGGGGAUGGAGUAGGGGACAGACUGCCUCCAGACGGAAGCGAGCAGGAUGAUUCGGUGCAAGGAAUAAAAGAAAGAGGUCAAGAGAGAUUAGAGUCGGGUGAGGGGAUUGCUGGUGGUCACAUUUUCACAGCUGAUAAACACUUAGGUGUCGACGAACAGCGGGAUUGUGGAGAGAUAUCUCAAGGGACCGAGGAAGAAUCUGAAAACUUGGAAAAUCUUGAAGUGUUUGAUGAAAUACUCGGAGAAGGCGAGUUUGGAAUCGUCUACAAAGGUCGCUAUGGUGGGAAAGACGGAAACAUAACAGAUGUAGCUGUGAAAAAGCUAAAAGACCCUAGUGCCAUUGCCAAAGAAACCCUGCUUAAUGAGAUAAGGACCUUAAAGCAAGCUGGGAAACAUCCUAAUAUUGUCACUUUGAUUGGCACAAGGAUAGAGGAAGGAAACGUUCUUGUGGUCACUGAAUUGAUUCAUGGUGGCAGUCUGGAAAAUCUUUUAAGGGCGCCAGGGGAAAGGAGCAAUUAUCAUAAUGUCUGCUGUAAGCUGAAUGACCGGCAACUGGUCACAAUUGCAUUUCAAAUCGCCAUGGGAAUGCAGCACUUAGAGGAGAGAAAGUUUGUCCAUCGCGACUUAGCAGCGAGGAAUAUUUUAGUUGAUGCCAACUUGGUGGCUAAAGUUGGAGACUUUGGAUUAGCCAGGGACAUAUCCGCUGCUGGUAUAUACACCAUAACCUCCAACGGCAAGGUUCCGUGGAGAUGGUCGUCGUUAGAAUCUCUACGAGAUCUGCAUUUUACAUCCAUGAGUGAUGUGUGGUCAUUUGGUAUCGUUCUAUGGGAAAUCACCACUUAUGGUGAGUUGCCGUACCCUGACAUCACAUCACCAAUUGCCUUAGUAACUCGACUUGCUUCGGGAUACCGGAUGCCUCGUCCCGAUCGAUGUUCGGAAGAACUAUAUGAACUCAUGAGUUCUUGUUGGAAAGAAAAUCCUUUGAUGAGACCAGCCUUUUCGCAGAUCGCUCAACAGCUGAAGAAUUUUUUGCGAGAAGUGAAGAGGACAUAUACAAAUAUCACAGAGGUCAACGAUGGAGAAGCCUGAUGACGACACCCUGACGCUGAAGCAAAAACCUCAUUUUAUUUGAUUAAUAAUAUAGGAAGAUAACCGCGAGAUCUCAAAUAAGUGCGUAUAUGUAUAAGGUCUGAUAGUCAUGCUUAAAGGAAUUUUUAUUGAACCAGGUGCCGAUUAGGCUCAAAAGGUCAGAAUCAAUUUGUUUUCCUUUGUGGAGGAAAAUUUUCCUUGCAAUAGGUAAUGCGAAUCAAAGCAAAGAAUAAAACGGUGUAUCCUGUAUUAAUUACAACGCUUUAGUGGCUAAGAAAAAUGAUUGCUAUCACGUGAGUAGACUAGAUUAACGUAGACUGCAUUUGCUCAGAAAAAAUCUAGGCACUUAUCUGAUGUAACUUGUAACAGUUGCUCCUUAUCAGCGCUGCCGCACGAGUGUUUCUUCGCUCGCAGGGAGACUACUCUUCUUCCGUGCUCUAGCCGCUUCCAGCGUGCUUUACAACAGAAUAGAACACAGUCCAGCCUUCUUUAUUUGUUAAAUAAAAGAUGGACCUUUUGAAAGAUAACGACUUUCGAAUAAAAAUUUAACUAAAAUCAGGGUUACAAAAAGCAAGGGGUGAGAAACUAAGAUACGUUCACUUACGGAGUGUGACACGCAACACAAGACAGAAAUAAUCUUCAGCGAAAUAACAUCCUAAAUAUCUCUACCAAAGUAAUGAUAAUUAUAUUAACACGUAAAUGGAUUUAACGUGUGUAUAAAAAGAACGAUUUGAUUCUGCAUUACAGCCAGAAUAAAAUUUUAACUCGACUUUA